AUGGGCCCCUGUACCGCCUCCUCAUGCUGCUGCCAGGCCCGUAAUCUGCCAUGGGCCCCCGUACCGACUCCUCAUGCUGCUGCCAGGUCCGUAAUCUGUCAUGGGCCCCUGUACCGCCUCCUCAUGCUGCUGCCAGGUCCAGAGUGUGUCAUGGGUCCCUGUACGGCCUCUCAUUGCUGCUGUCUCCAUCGCCACACUCUGCCAUGUGCCACUUUCAGGUCUCCUCACACUGCUGGUGGGUUCCAUUUUUUCAUAGGGUGCUGUAUGGCCUCCCAUUGCUGCUGCCCUCCACCGCCACACUGUGGCUCCACACUCUGGUUUUGGCCCCGUGACUGCCCAAAUGAGUGAAGUGUGCGGUGAUUCUAAGAUCGACGGCACUCAUCUGCAUGUCAUACUGACUGACAGUAUUAUUUCUCUUCCCCAGCAGACUCCAAGGGCAUUUAAAUUAAAGGUACAGUGUUCUGCACUAAUAUAA